AUGAAAUCAAAUAACCUAGUAAUGAAUCUUCCCCCUAUCACCAUCACGGCCAGGAGAAGCCCGCCUUUCCUUCACCACUACACCCGCUUCCUCUCCCUCCACCUACCCAAGCCCAUCUCUUCCCGCCAACGACUCUCUGAUUCACCCUCCAUCCUCCCCAUCCGCCGUUUAUCUUCACACCGAACCGAUCCAGACUUUGCUCGUGGGUUUGCAAUCGGGUGGUCCUGGCGCUUUCGAAGGCCCUCCCCUCCCCGCUCCCACCCUGCCACUAAGCGACACGGAGAUCCUUCUGAGCGGAUCAAGCAACGUGCAUCCCAUAUCGGUCCCUGCGCUGUUCGGCUCGUCUCCUUUAUCCCCGACACCUCAAUUGUUCCAUCUCAAGUCACCGAGGUAUGUCUGGUCUAUUCUUUAGAAUCGCCUGUCGUCGCUCUCGCCCUUUGCCCCCUCCCAACACCCAAGCGUCUUGCUUGCCCCGUGCGCGUGCUGCGGCAUCGCCCAUCGCCCAUUCGGGGCCGUUGA